GAACUGGGCAUCUGUCUAUAAAUGUAAUAAAAACACAUCGCAAGCUACUGCGUUUUGCACCAGUUGAAAAGAUCGCGCGUAGUUUGGCGGCAAAUUCAGAACACCGGUACACACAGCAAGGAGCAGCAAGCUGUUUUGACGCAUGAAAUAAUUCUGAGAUCGGCAAAAUCAAGAUGGCCCUGAAUCAAUUGGAAACCAGUGAAUCGAUGAAACCACUGAUGAACACACACAAUGAUUCUGCUCUCACCUUCAUGGUGGAUUGCGACCCAAUCUACAAGGAAACAACGCUGACGUCAACGCCCAGGAAGGGCUCCGAACAUGUCAAGAUACCCAUUGAUGAUGCACAGAGUACGUCGUCAGCCAGUGUGGACUCCGGGUCUAGCAGCUUCAUCGCCAACUUCACACUCCUACACUCCAAGAUGGAGGACUUCUUCAAGGAAAAACAGAAGCUGUUCUUUAAUGGCCUCCUUAGUGUGCUUGCAGCAGCCUACGUGGCCUACUUUAUGUACGCACUGUACCUACACGCCAGGCAGUGUGAGAAGAGCGCCGUCCCCCUCAUCAUCGUAACCAUCACAGCACUCGUCUUCAUCGUGUUUAGAUACAUCAACAACAUGUUUGGUGAUGACAUAAGGAAUGUCACCAAAGUCAUUCAAUCUGCCAUUAAAAGCAAAUGGUACAUUCUAAAAUGGGUUGCCCUGUUCUUGGUGUAUGGGGGCAUGUUAGCAUUGAUCAUAUACACAGUGUGGGCGGUCCCUGGCAACCUGGUCUCCCUCGCCGGCAUCAUCACCUUCAUCAUCAUUCUCUUCCUCUUGUCCUCAAAUCCCACUCAGGUGCGGUGGCGGCCUGUGCUUGGCGGAUUCACGCUGCAGUUUUAUUUCGCCAUGGUUAUCCUCAAGUGGGAUAUUGGCUACAAUGCCUUCCGAUUUCUGGGACAGGAGAUUCAGAAGUUCCUGGCCUUCACUGAUUUUGGUUCCAAGUUUGUGUUCGGAGAUAAAUACAUGGACCAUUUCUUUGCUAUGAAGGUGCUUCCUGUGAUCGUGUUCUUCAGCUGCUUCAUCUCCAUCCUGUACUAUCUUGGCAUCAUGCAGUUCAUCAUUGGCAACAUCGCAUUCGUCAUGAGGAGCUUGCUGGGUACAACGGCUGCAGAGAGCCUGUGUGCUGCUGGCAACAUCUUUGUUGGCCAAACGGAGGCUCCUAUCUUGAUCAGACCGUAUUUGAGCCUGAUGACCAGGUCCGAGCUGCAUGCAGUCAUGGUUGGAGGUUUUGCUACAAUUGCUGGGGGAGUACUGGCUGCCUAUGUGUCGUUCGGUGUUCCGGCAGAGCACCUGUUAUGUGCCAGUGUAAUGAACGCCCCUUGUGCCCUGGCUGUGUCCAAACUGCUUUACCCAGAGACAGAAACAAGCAAAUUGGAGGACAUCGAUGAAGUGGAGGAAGAAGAAGAUGAAAACAAACCUCGCAACUUCCUUGAGGCUGCCGCUGCGGGAGCUUCCGCCUCCAUCUGCCUCGUCGCCAACAUCGCUGCCAACCUCAUUGCCUUCCUGGCCCUGCUGGCCUUCGUCAACGCAGUCCUGUCCUGGUUUGGGGGCUUUGUCUGCUUCCCUCAGCUCUCAUUUGAGAAAAUCUGCUCAUAUGUGUUUAUGCCUGUGACAUUCCUAAUGGGCGUUGAGUGGAAAGACGCUGGUGUGGUUGGCGAACUAGUUGGUAUCAAGACUUUCCUCAACGAGUUUGUGGCAUAUAAGGAGCUGGCAAAGUUCAUCUCCAACCGUGAAGAUUGUAAAGAUGGAACAACAAUCUCUCGGCGAUCUGAGAUCAUUGCAACAUACGCACUCUGCGGUUUCUCCAACCUGAGCUCCAUAGGAAUCCAGCUGGGUGGUCUUGGACCAAUGGCGCCAAAACGUGUGAAAGAUUUGGCCGAGAUAGUUAUCCGGGCACUGUUUGGAGGAAUCGUAGCAUGUCUCAUGACAGCCUCCAUUGCAGGUCUACUCAUGGAGGACCACUCUGCACCAUCUUCCUACGCCUGCCUCAACGGAACAGCAAUCAAUGCAACAGCAUUCAACGAAACCUCAUUUCCUGUCUUAUACAACUCAUCGGAUCCCAUCUUCAAUAGCACUCUACCCUCUGUUCAUAACAUGACGCUAUCCUAGUGCUGUUUGGCAACCAAUAGAUAGCAUCUGUGACUGUCUAAUUGUUACCUUUUGGGGGAGUUAUGCCCAAAAUGUGAGAAGUGUGUGUGUGUUUGAAGUGGAUGAGGUGUUGAUAAGAACCACAAAGCAUUAAAUGUUUUUAAAAAUGUGGCCUUUUGCUAAAAGGAACUUACUCUACGUUUUCAAGAAGACGAGCCCUCAGUUUUGUCAGGAAUGCACUGCGUUAUAAUUAGUCUUCAGCAAACCAAGGUUGUCAUUAGAAAUGACUAAAGGGAUCUGGUUGUCAGGCUCGCUGACUUGGUUGAUAGAUGUUUUGAUUCCCAAAUGCGUAGACCAAUGCUCAUGAUAUCGAUCACUGGAUUGACUGGUCCAGACUCAAUUAUUUACAGACUGUUGUCAUAUAGCUGGAAUAUUGCUGAAUGUGGCAUACAAACAUAACUAAUGUAUUAAUUACAUUAAAAUUAACUAUAAUAAAAUGUUCUUUUUGAAAUAGAAGACCAUUGUAUUUGAUGCUCAAAUUCAAACUACAAACUUGGAUGUUUUCUUCUGUCCAUAGUUAUGGAUAUGUUAAUAUAUUAUAUGUUCAUGAAUAUAUUUCCUUUUUUUAUUUCCUCAUUUCUGUAAUAUAAAGGGAGUGAAUUUCCAUUGUCAAAUGAUAUCAGCAAACAUGGUUGAAAUUGUAGUGCUACAUGUUUCUAAUAGUCUGAUAAUAAUACAGUUUCUAUAUGGUCCAGAAUAUUUUUUAUCAAAAUCCUAACCAAGAACCCAUGAAGAGCCAGGUUAAAAAUGGUCUUCAGCAACCCAUGCUUGUCGUAAGAGGCAACUAAUGGGAUCGGGUGGUCAGGCUCGCUGACUUGGUUGACACAUGUCAUUGGUUCCCAGUUGCGUAGAUCGAUGCGCAUGCUAUUAAUCACAGGUUUGUCAUGUCCAGACUCGAUUAUUUACAGACUGCCGCCACAUAGCUGGGAUAUUGCCGAGUGUGGCGUUAAAACAACAAACCAAUCAAUCAUUAAUAUAAUGUGCAGUAGAAUUACCAUGUGUCACAGCUAGAACAAAUACACAAAAAACAAUAAUUGUCUCUGGCACUUCAUGUGUAUUUUCUUGUUAAGAUUAGAAUAACACCAACACUGAUUGGGUUUCCAUUGUGGUACUAUUUCAUGAACACACAGCUGUCAGAUUUGCUGAGUCAGCAAUAGCUGCAUGACACAGCUGGUUCACGGUUUGGCAGUUGCUAUGGUUAUCAUGUGAUCAUAUUACAAGAUUCUGUAUGUUAUGCAAUAGCUUAUUGUAAUAUUUUGAACAAACUGACACUAUGACACAUAUAUUAAAAGGGGAGUAUUGUGUACUUAGUACACCAGUAUAACCCGUAAUGUACGCUUUUGCACAGAUGUCAAAAGUCGAUCUCGCAGAGGUAUUUCAUAAUAGAAUUCCGGCAAUGCAGUUUAGUGAAACAUGUUUUAAAAACAUCAGUUCAGACUAAUGAGCUUGAUUAUUAACCCAAAUGCCAAAAGUCGAUCUUUGCAGAAGCAUUGCAUAAUAUUUAUCAAAUUCUUGUAAUGUAAUUUAAUGAAAUAUAUGUUACAAAUCGUCAAUUGUAAUUAUCUUGAUGAUUGAGUCCGCUGCAGGCAUUUUUACAGUUAUAGUGCUCAAAAGAACUAAGGAAAACCAUGUUGCAUUUAUUGAAGUCAUGGCAUGGAAUUCAGUCAAUCAAUGAUCGCUUGUUUAAGUUUGUGAUAGGAAUUCAAUAGAUUUUGAGUUUAUCACACCCUCAGGCAUGCUAAUAAUAGGGGUAAUAGAGAUAUAUUUUGUAAAUGUACUUUUUUUUAUACCAGGGUAAGUUUCAUGCAUUUUAAUUGCAUUGCUUUGUGAUGUCAUCUCUGCUCCAUGUUGCAUUUAAAAUAUUUUUAUUGUUCAGUUUUAAUAGUGUUGAAAUUCUAGUCAGCAAGUUGUGUCAGCCUUUUAUGCAGACAGUCAAGUGAGAUAUGAAAGUUUAUUCUGAUAUAAAUAGCACUGGCAAGACAACUAAUGGUGGCUAGUAGAUGUGAAAUAACAUGUAUCUUGAUACACAGGUCCUGAUGCGUUACAUAUCGCGAUACACAUAGUCACAUCAAAGUGCUAAGAAAACGUUUUGGUCAGACUCGCUGACUUGGUUGACACGUCAUCGGUUCCUAAUUACGCAGAUCGAUGCUCAUGUUGUUGAUCACUGGAUUGUCUGGUCCAGAUUCGAUUAUUUACAGACCGCCGCCAUAUAGAUGGAAUAUUGCUGUUUAAAACUAAACUCGCUCACUUCCUCAAGAAAACGUUAAGACUGUAAAUAUUACAGAGCUGGUGCUAGAGUUAGCUGAAGGUGCAUGUUUGUAAUGCAUAAUUUUACUGGAAGACAGUAAGAAGUGUUCAUUUUGCAGUAUAUGACUGACAAAAAUGGGGUUGAUGGGUUCAUUAACCAGUAGUAAAUUUAGCAAGUGUAUCAUCGUGUAUCGAUACACAAGAAAACUCUGCGAUUAUAUUAUUUGCGAAGGAGCACAAUCUCAUUGCAGUGUCUCAGACUGACCAGUAUGAGAGGAUGUCUAUAGUCUUAAUGGGACCAUGAACUGAAAUCAUUCUAGAUUUCAUUCCUCAGAGAUAAGCUGCGUAUCCGCGUAAAAUACGGAUAGAAAAUUCCCAUUUAAGCAUUGAAAAAUAAUUGUUGCGUACCAAUUACGCAUUUAAAAUGUUAGAUAUGC